AUGGACUUCGGUGGACCCAUCCAAACCCGCACGUCGACAUUAAGAAAUUCAAAAGUGGUGAAAACGUACAUAUGUGUAUUUGUCUGCUUCUCUACCAAAGCAGUACACAUUGAAACCACAUCGGAUCUCACCACUAACUCCUUCAUUGCUGCGCUCACACGGUUUAUAUGCCGCAGAGGGAAGCCUUCAGACCUCUGGAGUGACUGCGGCUCCAAUUUUCUAGGAGCGUCAAACGAAUUGCAGAAAAUCACCAGAGAAUUUUUUAAUGCUCCUCAAAACCUCGAAAUCAUCAACCGCUUCUCCAUCGCUAAUUCAAUCAAAUUCCAUAACAAUCCCCCUGCAGCUCCAGAACAAGGAGGCCUAUGGGAAGGUGCCAUCAAGAGCGUCAAGACACAUCUAAAGCGAGUAGUUGGAACGCACUUGCUCACGAGGGAAGAAUUUGACACGUUAAUGUCAAAAAUUGAAGCCAUGCUGAACUCUCGGCCCCUCACUCCACUGAGCCAAGAUCCUUCCGAAAUUGACGUUCUGACUCCCGGUCACUUCUUAAUUGGAACUACACUCACAGCCCUUCCUGAGCGCCCUCUCUUAGACAUCAGCAACAAUCGCCUGAAACGCUGGGAAACGGUGCAAGCCUUCUCUCAAAGAGUGCGGAAGAGAUGGUACCUUGAGUACUUAACAAAGCUACAACAACGUGAAAAAUGGGCAAAGAAACAGCCAUAUCUGAAAGUUGGAGAUCUAGUAUUGUUGAUCGAGCCUAAUGCGCCACCCCUCCAGUGGCCUUUGGCGCGAGUAAGCAAGGUCUGUCCAGGCAAAGACAACCUUGUCCGCGUCGCAGAGGUUAAGACAGAAAAUUCAACUUUCACACGGCCAGUGUCCAAGCUUUGUCCUCUCCCGAUGGAGUAA